ACUUUUCCUGGCCCCAGAGAAAUUGAGAGCGCGCGCUCCAUGGGUCACGUGGCUGCCGGUCCCAGGGGUGGCCAUGGGGCGCCCUCUUCUGGGUGACGCACCCCAGAACAGAGUUCAGCACUGUAGACUGGGGUGAAAAACAAAAUAGAACAGCUGUAAAGUGUUUUCCUUUCUUAGAGAAAUACAAACGGCACUGCCUAACAGGGAGCAUAAAACUCCCAACACUAUAAAGAUGCUGGAACUCUGUUACACCUGGUUAAAGACAAGAAAAGCAGAGGAGAAAAAACAGGACAUAACAGCUUAGUGCUUGCAGGUACUUCCUCAUUCGCGGUGAAGGAGGUUAACCAGUUGGCCCACGGUCAUGUAGGCAGAGCUACCCCUGCAGCUGACUCCUGAACCUGGCUUCUUCGUGGUUUCUACACGUUGGAGGAAAAUAGAAAGUGAGACUGCGGCUUCCAUUCCAGAUUAUCGGGGCCCCAAUGGAGUGUGGACGCUGUUGCAGAAAGGGAGAAGCAUCAGUGCCACUGACCUGAGCGAGGCCGACCCGACCCUCACCCACAUGAGCAUUGCCCGCCUGCACGAGCAGAAGCUGGUACAGCACGUGGUGUCUCAGAACUGUGAUGGGCUCCACCUGCGGAGCGGGCUGCCCCGCAUGGCCAUCUCUGAGCUUCACGGCAACAUGCACAUUGAGGUGCGCAGCCUGGAGGGGAUGCAGGGCUCCCUGUUUGUGGUCCCUCCUACUUAUGGGGCACGCCCUUCACAGAGCGCUCUCUGUUCACCACCCCUUCCCACUCAUGCCCCCCUACCAGCCUUCCUCAUGGGGCACCUCCCCUCUCAUGGAGACCCUCCCUCAGGUCUGCACCUCCUGCACCCCCAACCGGGAGUAUGUGCGGGUGUUCGACGUGACAGAGCGCACCGCCCUGCACCGGCACCAGACAGGCCGGGCCUGCCACAGGUGUGGGGCCCAGCUCCGCGACACCAUCGUGCAUUUUGGGGAGCGGGGCACGUUGGGGCAGCCGCUGAACUGGGAGGCGGCCACUGCAGCUGCCAGCAAAGCAGACACAAUCCUGUGCUUGGGUUCCAGCUUAAAGGUACGAGGCAGGCGGCAGCACCAGAGCAGACGGAGCCAGCUGGCCCGGCCCCUUCUCUCCCACACUAUCCAGCCUCUUGGCCAGGCCCAGCUACAGCCUCCCUCCCUGUGUACAUGUGUGCCCUGUCUGUCUGUCUGUCUCCACAGGUCCUGAAGAAGUACCCACGCCUCUGGUGCAUGACCAAGCCCCCCAGCCGACGACCCAAGCUGUACAUCGUGAACUUGCAGUGGACACCCAAGGAUGACUGGGCUACCCUGAAGCUGCACGGGAAGUGUGACGACGUCAUGCGGCUCCUCAUGGACGAGCUGGGCCUGGAGAUCCCCCACUACAGCAGGUGGCAGGACCCCAUCUUCUCCCUGGCAACCCCCCUUCGUGCUGGUGAAGAAGGCAGCCACAGCCAGAAGCCUCUGUGCAGAAGCAGAGAAGAGGGGCCCAGCGACCAGGGCACCCCGCCCAGUCCAGCCCCCAUUCGCGGGGGCUGGUUUGGCAGGGGCUGUACCAAGCGCACAAAGAGGAAAAGAGUCACAUAACCUGGUGCCUGACGGUGAAAACAAGUGGCACUUUGCAAAUGGCCCCAACUCUUAUUCAGGGCCAGGGUCACUGUGAAGGUCGGGGUUGCCUCCAGGGUCUGGUGAGAAGAAUCAUUGGGGGUGACGUUUUUAGCCAUUUACCCAUCGCUGGGAAGGUGCAUCUCCCGGCCCCCUGCACUGCUGUGGGUGUCUCCGACAUGGGCUUGACCGUGGGAACCCCUCUGACCCCCUGGCCCCUAGGUCCGAGAAGAGAGGGUGUCGUUUCACAUCUGGCUGCCCAGAGGAAGCACAGGGCUGCCUUACCUCAGUCACCAGGCUAGUCUCAGGAACCUGCCCUCUUUUUACUACUUCUCAAGAAUGUUCUUUAUAGGAACCCUUUCUGUUGGGUGUGUGGCAGGGGGAUGGUUUUGAGCCCUGGCUCUCAGCAGCCCUUUUUAUCGUUCUUAUUAAACAUCUCUGCACUGUU